AGUAUUGUAAACACACGCGCCAAUACUGCCUUUUCAAUUUCAGCGCGAAUUCAAACUCGGAGAAUAUUAUUGGAUGGAGAGGAGUCGAGCAGAACUUGUGUACGAACGGCUGUUACAGGACGUUUCAGAAUAAUCAGUACCUCCCAAUAAAACUUACUAUAAUUGAAGCCCCUCCCACACCAUUACAUCAUCAGUGAAUCCCCUCCCACAUCAUUACACCAUCAGUGAAGCUCCUCCCACUGUAAUUCCCUAUAAAUGCUGGAAUAUUCCCAUCUGCUACAAGUGAAGACGAGCAUCAGGAAGAGCUGAAAUCGGCAAAGACUGAUUUUAUUAAAGAGGACAGUGAGAACAUGAGUGAUCCAGAACCCUGCAGAAUGAAACACACUGAAGAUCCUGAAGAACAAAGAGACCUGAUGGAAGAGAACGAGGAGAGUGAAGAACUGAGUGAAGUGGAGGACGAACAUCAUAUUAAACCUGGAGAAAAACCUUUAAGUUGCUCAAAGACUAAAAAGACAUUUUUAAAGAAGAGAAGAGCCAAGAAAUCUUUCACCUGCACUCAGUGUGGAACAGGUCUCAAAUCCAAACAAGGUCUUGAGUUUCACAUGAGGAUCCACACUGGAGAGAAACCACACACAUGUGAUCAAUGUGAAAAGAGUUUCACAACCAAAAAAAGUCUUGAAAUUCACACGAGAGUUCACACUGGAGAGAAACCACACACAUGUGAUCAGUGUGGAAAAAGUUUCAAAGAAAAAUCUAGUCUUAAGAUUCACAUGAGAGUCCACACUGGAGAGAAGCCGUACACAUGUGAUCAGUGCGGGAAGAGUUGCACACAAAAAACACACCUGGAAAGUCACAUGAAGAUCCACACCGGAGAGAAGCCGUUCAUGUGUGAUCAGUGUGAAAAGAGAUUCUCGCACAAACAAGGUCUUGAUGUUCACAUGAGAGUUCAUACAGGAGAGAAACUGUUCGCAUGUGAUCAAUGUGAAAAAAGGUUUAGAUACAAAUAUAGUUUAAAGACUCACAUGAGUGUUCACACCGGAGAGAAGCCGUUCAUGUGUGAUCAGUGUGAACAGAGAUUCUCCAAAAAAUCACGUCUCGAUCAACACUUAAGAGUUCACACCGGAGUGAAGCCGUACGCAUGCUAUCAAUGUGAGAAGAGUUACAAUCAAUCAUCACACCUUAAUGAACACAUGAAGAUCCACACCGGAGAGAAGCCGUUCUCAUGCAGUAAGUGCGGGAAGAGGUUUAUUAGCAAACACAAUCUUGAGCUUCACAUGAGAGUUCACACCGGAGAGAAGCCGUUCAUGUGUGAUCAGUGCGAGAAGAGAUUCUCAAACAAACAAAGUCUUCAGAUUCACAUGAGGACCCACACUGGAGAGAGACCGUUCUCAUGUGAUCAGUGCGGGAAGGCUUUCAUAAUCAAAAAAAAUCUUAAGCUACACAUGAGAGUUCACACUGGAGAGAAGCCGUUCAUGUGUGAACACUGUGAAAAGAGAUUCUCAAACAAACAAAGUCUAAAGCUUCACAUGAUGAUCCACACCGGAGAGAGGCCGUUCUCAUGUGAUCAAUGCGGCAAAACAUUUCUCAGGGCAACAGAGGUGAAGAAACACCAGACAGUUCAUACGAAGGAGAAGCCGCAUUCAUGUUCUGUGUGUGGAAAGAGUUUUUCACAGCUGCAAUAUUUACAAGAACAUCAGAAAAUACACACUGGUGUGAGAGAGUACAUGUGCUUUGAGUGUGAGAAGACUUUUACUAAUGCAAGCAGUUUAAAACGGCACCAGAGGGUCCACACUGGAGAAAAACCUUACAAGUGUUCACACUGCGACAAGAGAUUCAAUCAGUCAUCAACUCUGACAACACAUGAGAAGAUCCACACUGGAGAAAAACCUUACAAGUGUUCACAGUGUGACAAGAGAUUCAGUGAUUCAUCUAGUCUGACAUCACAUAAGAGGAUCCACACUGGAGAAAAACCUUACAAGUGUUCACACUGUGACAAUAGAUUCAGUCACUCAUCAUAUCUGACAAAACAUGAGAGGAUCCACACUGGAGAAAAACCUUACAAGUGUUCACACUGUGAUAAGAGAUUCAAUGAUUCAUCAUAUCUUAAAGCACAUGAGAGGAUCCACACUGGAGAAAAACCUUACAAGUGUUCACACUGUGACAAGAGAUUUAAUCUGUCAUCAGCUCUGAAAAGACAUGAGAGGAUCCACAGCGGAGAAAAACCUUACAUGUGUUUACACUGUGACAAGCUAUUCAGUGACUUAUCAUCUCUGAAAACACAUGAGAAGAUCCACACUGGAGAAAAACCUUACAAGUGUUCACACUGCGACAAGAGAUUCAGUCGGUCAUCAUUUCUGAAAAAACAUGAGAAGAUCCACAGCAGAGAGAAGCCGCACACGUGUGAUCAGUGUGGACAGAGUUUCUCUAUUAAAAGUCAGCUGAAGAUACACAUGAAGAUCCACGUGUAACCAUCCAACACUGUCUGAGAUCACGACCUGAUGGAUGUGAUCAAGAAAGAAAAAACAGAAGCCAAAAAAAUCUGUCUCCUGCCCUAAAUCAAGGCUGAAGAUUCACAUGAGGAUCCACAGCGGAGCAAAACCUUACACAUGUGAUCAAUGCAGGACUUGAAGAAGAAGAGGCCAUAACAUGAAUUUAACUUGUUCUUAAUUGUUUUUUUUUAUAACAUCUAGUUUCUCUUCAACUCUUCAAUGCAAAAUGUAGUUUUAUACUUUCAUGGAUCAUUUAAACUGGGCAGUUCUAUGAGAUGCUUUGCGUGUUAGCAAAGCAUCAUGUAAAAUGGGAGAGGGAUGAUUUAAUGUUAA